AUGGAGUUUGAAUUAACUGGAACCAAUCAUAAAGCUGUUCAAGGUUGGCGAUUUGAUAAUAAUGGGUAGGAACCCCUUAAGCAAUAAUUAAUUGAACCAUAGGAACCCUAGAUCCAAACAUAAGGGUUUUUCGAAAAAAUUAAGAAUUAAUUUAAUGAUCUGCUUAAACCACCAGAUAAAGAAGUUGAAUAAAGAAUUAUUUAUCUAGAUGGAAAGGUCUAUCCUUAAAAUAAUUUGCCAAAUAUAGUAAAAAACUAAAAGUAUAAUAUUUUGUCAUUUGUUCCAAUGGUGCUCUAUCAACAAUUUAAAUACUUUUUCAAUCUUAUAUUUUUAUUGAUUACGCUAUCAUAAUUUAUACCCUUACUUAAAGUAGGAUUUUUAUUUAGUUAUGUUGCUCCAUUAGCAUUCGUGUUGAUCCUAACGUUGCUUAAAGAAGCAUAUGAUGAUUUUUAAAGGUAUAAAAGAGAUAAAGAGGCUAAUUCGCAAGAAUACACAUAAAUUGGAAAAGAUAAAACAUUAUAACUUUAAAGUUGGCAAUUAAAAGUAGGAGAUAUAAUAGAAGUUCAUGCGAAUUAAAGAAUACCUGCUGACUUAAUAUUGCUCCACACAAAUGAUGUAACAGGAACAGUUUUCAUUAGAACAGAUUAACUGGAUGGAGAAACUGACUGGAAAUUAAGAAAAGCUAUUAGGCAUACAUAAAAUUAUGGAUAGAACAAAAAUCUAACAACUCUCAAUGCAUCAAUUACUUGUGAACCCCCUAAAUUAGAUAUAUAUGAUUUUAAAGGUUUGUUCAAGUUAGAGGUUGGUGGUGGAGAAGGCUAGAGAGAAGCAUUAUCCUUAGAAAACACUCUAUGGUGUAACACAUUUUUAGCCUCUGGGAAGAUAUAGGCUGUAGUGGUUUACACAGGAAAAGAAUGUAGAUCUGCAUUAAAUUCAAGAGAACCUAGAACGAAGAUGGGUAGAUUAGAUGAUGAAUUAAAUUAAUUAGCUAAAUUAUUAUGUGUAUUGCUAGUUUGUACAGCAUUUACUAUUGUAUUAAGUAGUGGCUUUUAAAAUGAAUGGUUACUUUAACUAUUUAGACAUGUCUUAUUAUUAAGUUCGAUCAUUCCAAUAUCAUUAAGAGUUAAUCUAGACUUUUCCAAAUUGUAUUUUUCUUAUUGUAUUUCUAAUGAUAAGGAUAUAGAAGGAUCAAUUGCCAGAAAUAGUACAAUACCUGAAGAAUUAGGUAGAAUUUCUUACGUGUUAACUGAUAAAACAGGUACAUUGACUUAAAACACAAUGAUUUUUAAAAAACUAUCGUUAGAGAGGAUGUCAUUUUCAGUUGAAACCUUAGGCUUAUUAAAGAAAAUGAUAAAGAAGCACUGCGCUAAUAGCAAAUAUCCAAUGGAAGAUAUUUUAAAAAAAUAUCAAGAGUAAGGGGGUAAGAAAAUAAAGCCUUUUAAAAGAAAUAAAGAUUAAAUUGUAAGAGAUUUAAUUUCUGCUUUAUCAUUAUGUCAUAACGUUACUCCUGUUGAAGAAGACGGAUAAAGGACAUUUUAAGCAAGUAGCCCAGAUGAAAUUGCAUUGGUCAACUUUGCCGAAGAUGUUGGUUUUAAAUUAGUAAAUAGAUAGUUAACAGAAAUAAAUAUUCAAAAUGCAGGAGGAACACCAGAAUCAUAUAAAAUAUUAUAUGAGUUUCCAUUCACGUCAGAAAGGAAAAGAAUGGGUAUAAUAUUGCAGAUGUAAGGAUAAAAAGGUGCUAUAUUUUAUUUAAAAGGAGCAGAUUCAGUAAUGAAAUAGAAGGUUCCAGAAGUCUAAAGAGGAUUUUUGAUGGAUGAAUGCGAAAGUUUAAGUAGAGAAGGAUUAAGAACUUUGGUGAUAACUUAAAAAUACUUAACAGAAGAUGAUCUGAAGAAUUUUAUCACAGAAUUUGAGAAAGCAAAGAAUUAAAUGGAAGAUAGAGAAGCACGUUGUUCAAAAGUUUUAGAUUUUUACGAAAAUGAUAUGGAAUUAUUGGGAUUAACAGGAGUUGAAGAUAUGCUGUAGGAAGAUAUCUAUGCAACUUUGGAAUCGUUAAAAAAUGCAGGAAUAUAAAUCUGGAUGUUAACUGGAGAUAAAGUAGAAACAGCUUAAUGCAUAGCAAUUUCUACUGGAUUGAAAAGUCCUACUUAAGAAAUGUUUGUAAUUAAGGACAUAGAAGAUUCUUUAAUCUUACAAAAUGAGCUUAAUUAAUUUGCUCUUAAAAAUAAUAGCGUUCUAGUUAUAGAUGGAUAAUCCUUAAAGGUUGCUCUUGAGUUCCAGCACACAGCAUUUUUUCAUGUUGCUUGUAAUGCUCCUGCAGUUGUCUGUUGUAGAUGCUCACCAACCUAAAAAGCAUAAGUCACAGAAUUGAUAAAAGAACAUACUUAAAAGACAGUUCUAUCUAUUGGAGAUGGAGGAAACGAUGUUGCUAUGAUCUAAGCUGCCGAUGUAGGUGUUGGAAUAGUUGGCAAAGAAGGAAAGUAAGCAGCACUAGCCAGUGAUUUUUCUAUUUUAAAGUUUAAGCAUUUAGCUGUUUUACUUUUAUGGCAUGGUAGGUUGGCUUAUAAGAGAACCUCUGUCAUGGCUCAGUUUGUCAUGCACAGGGGGCUAGUAAUCGCAUCCAUAUAAACCAUAUUCUCUAUUGUUUUUUAUUUUGUGGCUAUUCCUAUUUAUAAUGGUUGGUUGAUGUUAGGAUAUGCAACAGUCUACACAAUGUUUCCAGUUUUUUGUUUAAUUUUUGAUUAGGAUGUAACAAAGGAAAAAGCUCUCGAAUACACAGAAUUAUAUAAAGCCUUGCUAAAAGGUAGAGAGUUGACAGUGAAAACCUUUUUGUUGUGGUUGUUUAAAUCUGUUUAUCAAGGUAAUAAUUUACAAAAUUAUCUAGCUGCUGUAAUAAUGGUAUAUAGCUUUGCUGUUUUUUAAAACACAUUUCUUGAUUUAGUUACAGUAACAUUUAGUAGUUUAAUAGUAGCAGAACUAUUAAAUGUUUUUACAGAAGUGAAUAACUUUAGAUUUGUAAUGUUUAUUGCUGAGAUGUUCACUUUAAUAGUCUAUGCAGGAUCAAUUAUUUUCUUAUAGAGUUAUAUAAAUUUAGCAGAUAUCGAUUAAAAAUUCAUAAUUAAUGUCCUUAUUUUAGUAACAAUCAGUUGGUUACCAUUGCAUAUAAUGAAAUUAAUAUUAAGAAAAUGGGAUCCUUCAGAAUCCGACAAGAUUAUGCAGAAAAUUAGAAUUAGAAAGUGA